UCCGUAACAGUUGUCGUUGCACAAGUCUAAUGCUUGUAACCACAAAACAUACACUAAAUAAAAUAAAUAUAUAAAUAUAAGUAUCUCCUCGAUGAUAGAAGACUUUUUAUUUAUUUUAUGGCUCACAGUUGUAACUAGUUUUGUUAUCUGUUUCUUCCUUUAUUUAAUUUGUUUCGGUACUGAGUAGGUAGUUGAGUAUGAUGAAUUCAAGAGCCCAUAAGGAAUUCGAAUGGAACGAUAAAGUCAAUUUCUUAAACAUCAUCUCUGCGCUGUUCAACAAUUGGCCAGAAAUGAAAUUGGUUAUUGAUCGUACCUCACGAGAUUCACGCGAAAAUGUGUAUAAAGAUAUAAAGAAAUUCAUACAGAAUGUAUUCGAUUGUAUUUUGAUAUAUGGGACGAGUUGUAGUGGUUUAAUUACUAGUAAUAUUAAAAAAGGAAUGCUCGAUGACUUUCAUAUGGUAAUUGAAGAUUUUGCUGCCAAAGAGAUGAGUACUCGUAUUUGUAAUAUGUACGAUAAAUGGAUCAAACAGGAUAAUUUGACCGAAAACCGCAAGCAAAUUAUAGAAGAAAUCAAGAAUUUACCAAUACCAGAUCCUAUUGUGGAAUUUGAGGAUCUACCAAGAUGCAAAUUAAUUUUUGAAACCGAUGAGAUUAUGUGUUAAAAGUAAAUUUUACAUAAAUAAAAGCUUACAAUUAAUUA